ACAGGGUUGAGUGACGCAUGGAAAUUAUUGGAAGCUGACCUACAGGCAAAGUGGUACCUUGAACAUCAAGACUACAAAGAGGCCAAGCGGAAACGUGCCCGUCAGUGGCGCCGGGAGUACCUUGAGCUCAAAUCAGCAGCGGUCCAGAAAGCAAAGAAGGGCAACAUCAAGGCCCACAGCCGACGGACUCGAGUCCAACGGAUGGCACAGAAGGAAGAGACUCGACGGCGACAGAAAGCUCAAGGCAAAGGUUUUUCUGGUGGCCUACAGCAGAUUAAAAUGGCCCAGGUGGCACAAGAUGGUUCCUCCCAUUGGGUCACAUGCCAGUCUAAACGCCUGGUGGAGGAGGGCUGCAUGCACGAGAACUGGCUACGGUAUGACCAGACGCGCUACCCCUACCCUACCCCACCAAUGACUGAACCUUUGUACUCCGACUUCAACGGCCCCAACGCAGAACAGAACAGCAAAGCAUUGCUCCAAGGCCUAUAUGAAAUUGAGACAUCGGACCCUUACUUGGUGUCAUUCAUUGACCAGUGAUUUGUCCCAACCCAAUGGUGCAAUUUGCUCAAUUUUGCGAUUGAAAAGAAACCAUGCAAAAUUUGGGUGGACCUCAUGGGCACGAUUCAAAUGAUGAACUCUGAACUCCAAGCCAACAACAAAAGGGCGGGGAAAUCGGCCAUGGCCUAUGCCGAGAAGCACAAACUGAUCCCUACAGGUCAGCACGGUUCUCACAAGCGUCACCAGGCCAUUGAUCUGGCUCUUACUAAGCGGCUCACAUGGGACCUUCUACAUCUCCAACGCCGUCCUGCGGGGUGGAUAUCCAAUGAUGCCAAGUCCUGCUUUGACCGCAUUGUCCACUGGGUGGCUAUCAUUAGCCUGAUGCGCUUUGGGAUUCAAUGGCGUACCCUUCGCUCCAUGUUUGACACCCUGAUGAAGUCUAAACACCGGGUCCGUAUGGGGUUUGGUGAUUCGGACCGUGUCUUUACUCCUCCGACUCUGACCCCAUUCCAAGGCUGUGGACAGGGCAAUGGGGCAGGACCUCCUAUCUGGUGGCAAUUAGCUCCAUUCUCUUGGGGAUGA